CAGAAAAAUGAGGGCCCAAACAACAAAUAAUUUCUUGCCCAAAAUGCAAUAUCUCCAGAGAGUCCUUUGAAGCCGAAGACUUUCUUCCAAGAUUUCUUCUUUCUUCUCCACAUUGUAGUCUAAUCUAUAAUGGCUGGAUUUCCAAUGCCUAUUCUGCUACUAACCCAGCCAAACACUGCUUAGCUGUUCUGAGAUCAGCCAAGGUCAACUAAGCACUGUCAUCUGCAAUAAAUCUGCUCUUAAAGGAACAGCGACAGACUAAAUUUAAUUGCACAGCAUUUAGGAAAAUUAAUUGUCUAAUAGAAAUAUUCGGGUACAAAAAGGGGUACAACCCAAAGAGUAGGUAGCAAACCUCUUUAGCAGGUCCAACCAGGCUUCUCAAAGUAAACUUAAAAAAGGGGUUAGCCAUUUCGGGGCGCAACCUCGGGAUUACGUGAACUAAAUUCGGUUCACUGAUUAAUUGCGGAAUAUAUUCCAAUUUGUAUUUCCUGCAUCCUACAAUAACCAAAGUGUUACAGCUAUUCCCUACCGUCUUGUUCCAAGACGCCUCCUCUUCUCUGGUGUCCUCACCCCAAAUUCACUUUUAAAAACUUCUACACUGAAUCCUCUAAAGCUUUGGAGGACUAAACUCGUAAAAGUCUUAAGAGUUUAAUUCCCUAAUUGAGACGGACGGUUCUAGGACCCUGAGGGCACUGCUCCUUUCACUCGUUCUCACCUUACUUUCCACUGUGAGAAUUUGCUCGCACCACCGGGAGCCGCUUUUCUGCACAGAAAGCCUCAAUGGUGGGAAUAAAUGAAUAAGCACCCGAGGAUGGAAGAGAAAAGAAAGGGUUUAAAAAAAAAACUCCCAACAUUUCCAAAAUACCUUCCCGUUGCAAUGCAUCACUGCAGUCAAUUUCUACAUUUUGGGGAUGAUUAGGGGGAAGGACUUCCCGGGUCAGGGGGAAGUGGCUUCCGGGCAGCUUUGAGCCCCGGCACCUUUUUUUUUUAAUUUGGAAAUUAUCCGCUGGCAGAAGCUCAAGGGAAAUAGCCUGCGGCAUCCUUGGGCAAAGUUGCAUUACCAGGAUUCCUUAUUUGAAACCAUGGUCGCGAAUCUUACUGGGAUUGGUGUUUAGUGCACGCUGCUGGGCAGAACUUAAUUUCAGCCAGGGCUCGACAAAGGUAUAGUUCUUCCUUCUGGAGCUGCUCCAUCAGCUGUAACGCUGUAGGUGAACGGUUUGGGUUAAAAGAUCUGGUCGCUUCCAGUUUUAGAUCAGAUAUCUCUUCCUGGUAAAGGCUUCUGUGCAAACUGCAAAGUGGCUGGGAAAGGGAAGGAGGAAGCAAAUUAAGCAAGGGUCUAACUAGUCAGCUAGCAUGGCAAAUAUGUGCUAGAUUAAAAAGUCUACUGCUGGCUUGAAAGAUAAGUUGAGAGAAGGACCUUGACGGAGUUGUUAACAUUAAGAAAAAAGGGGGGUGGGAAUCUUGGGGCAGGAGUGAUCAGAAAUAUUGUUCAGGAGUUCUGUACUUUUCGGGUUUUAUUUAUUUAUUUUAAUCUUCCUCCUAAUAAUCAAUGGGCGGAGCAGAUAACACUCCUCCCAGAUCGCAGCUUCAGUCCGGCUCUUAGACAAAUAUAACCUGCGUUAUUUUUCGGGGACUAAAUUUAAUUGAAUCCAGCGAGCCUUGCUCCUCGGUACUAUACACAGGCUUAGGAUGGAGAUACAGAUGUAAAAUAAGUGGAAUUAAAGGCUGAUGGUCGGGGGGGGGGGGGAGUGAUAAACCAUUUUUAAAUGCCAGAUUAAUUUAUUUUGUAUUUUAAAAGCACAGGCUGUUUCUAGUGCCUACAUAGAUAUAAGCCUUAUUGUUUCAGUAGGGCUUAUACUUAAGCAAGGGCAUCUAAGUUUAUGGCUUUGUUACAUCAGUGGAAGAUAUGUGUUUAUUACCAGAUUUAUAUACUGCUCCAUCUCAAGACACUUUCUCAAAACACACAAGGAUAGUCCUAGUAUCUUUUGUAUCUAAUUGUUUUAAAUCUGGAUCAGGGCAGGGCAGCUUGGCCUCUGUAAGUUUUAUUUAUCUAAUUUUGAGGGAAGUUGCUUAAGAAAAUAUCCCAGAAAAAGGCAAUAUCACAUCUAUACUGUUGCCGAUAAAACUUUGAUGGAUGUGUAAGGUCCCAGAAGUUUCCCUGAGCCAGAGUAACACAUUUCCAUAUAAUCAGUUCUGUCCAAAGGGACAUUUACCUUAAAUUGUUUUAUCAUUGCAAUCUGUCCUUGAGGCAAGUCAUUUGACUCCACUUGUCUGAGUCAUCUGGACAGUCUGAUAAUAAUUAUCUUUUGCAUAGUAAGUAUAGCCCACCACAUUUUAGCCUCCUUUGUGAAAUCAACCACUGUGGUCAGUCUGAUAUUUGUAUCUGGAAAAUUGGAUUGAGUUCAUUAUGGUUCAGUUAACCAUGGCCUGUACAUGAAUGCAAUAAUGUCUUUAAUAUAAAUCCAAUAAACCUAACCUAAACCUAAUGUUAUAUUCAGAUAAACAUCACUCCUAAAAUCUUUCAUUAGCAAAUAAAUUUCAGUGAAAGUAAAACUAAACAGACAUUUCAAAUAUUCAUGACACACUGAAAUCAAAUAGUUAUGUUUUUCCUAUUUCCCUACUGAAAAGUGUUGCAAUGGAUAAUUUCAAUCCUUUUUCUCUUUCUAGGAACAUUAUAUUCUGUUGGUGUUAUUUAUAUUGUUCCUGAGCACAUUCUUAUUUCAGGAUCAGUCUGAUCAAACUUUUAGGUACCCUGAGAGGAAAGUCCUACAAUAGAGUCAUUUUAAGGUACUAAUAAUUAGUUUGAGUAAUUUUUAAUGCAGCUUCGUCAGCUUGGAAACAGCAAAAGACAUGUGAAAUGUGUUAGUUAUCUUUCAAAUACUAGCUUUAUGUACCCUUUUGUAGCCUGCCGCUGUAGUCAUAUCUAGCUUUCUUUUAAUGUUAAUUAUAGUUAUACAUCUUAUUGGGCAGUCAAGUCUGGUCUGUGCUGGUAGCAUGUAAUUGUAUUAUCUUUAAGGAUUGGGGCCAUCAAUUAACAUAUUAAAAUAGAUAGUUCAUUGUUACUGAGUUUUAAAAAUUAAAUAAAACCUGUGUUCAUAUUCCUGUUUGUUGUGUCAUUGUCUAUCCUUCUAGUUUGAGAUCCAAACCAUUCAAGGAAUUUCUCCACUUGAUAGCCUCUCUAGUUGGCAGAACAGUUAUUGGAAGCUUCAGCAGAAGCCUACAUAAAUUCCAAAUCCAAAUAAAGAAUGAGGAGAAAAAUAGCAGCAAAGCGGAAUAUGGUGGCCCAGUACUUCCAGUGUCAGACACCAUUUGAACAACGAGCGCAACCAGUGGUGAAAAUGGAAAAAGAACCAGACCCACCAGGCUCUGAUCCAUUAGGCAUUUCAGAAGGCUCAGUAAAAACAUAUCGUAUUGUACCAGUAGGAACAGGAGGUAGCGGUCUUCGGCUAGUAACACCACAGCAAACCAGGAAUGAACGACUAGAGGCACCCCAACGCUGGGAAAUCCAAGGGCAGGAAUUGCCGACUCCAGAACUUACCCCAGUCCAAUCACCUGCAUGGAGGAAUCUGCAAGUACCAGAACUUACCUUAACAGAAGACAUUGAGAGCUACUUGACUACUUUUGAAGAUGUGGCCGAAGCCUGCAAAUGGCCACGGGAACAGUGGGUGACCCGAUUGGUGCCAGCCCUCAAUGGAGCUGCCCUCCAGGCCUACAACAGCUUGGAUCCCAGAGAAAGUGGGGAUUAUGGGAAAGUAAAAGCUGCAAUUUUACGAGAAGAUGCAGUCACUCUGGAGAGGCAGAGGCAGCAUUUCAGGCAUUUCCGUUACCAGGAGGCUGAAGGGCCCCGUGAUGUCUGUUCUCGGUUGCGGGGGCUCUGCUAUCGCUGGCUGGAGCCAGAGACACGCACCAAGGAACAGAUUGUAGAACUGUUGAUCCUAGAGCAGUUUCUAACUACCUUGCCCGAGGAAAUGCAAGAAUGGGUUCAGGAAUAUUGUCCGAAGACCUGCAUUCAGGCAGUAACCUUGGCAGAACAUUUUCUUCUGAAGCAGCAAGACAAUGAGAGAUGGGAUCAACAGGUGCUAGGGCCGUAUAUGCUUGAGGAGUCUGUGACUUUACCAGAAAGUGAGCAAGUAGUCUCAGAUACCCGGCAGGUGCUGUGCAGAGAAAAUAAGGAAGAGCUGAAUGAGCAUGCUUCCUCAGUAGCAGGUGAUGAAAUACAGACUAAAAAUGAGGAAGAGUAUCUGUUACAGGAAAGUUCAAAAAGACAGAGAAAUCGCCUUCUUCCCAAUUUGCAAGCGACUUCCUUUGCUCACCAGAUACCCAACAGUCAGCUAGCUUUGAAAAAACAGCCCUUGCACAAGCAAGAAACGCUUUUCCCUUGCCCUGAAUGUGGGAAGAACUUCUCACGUAAAUCUACCCUGACCAGACACCGGAGAGUACAUACAGGGGUCAAACCCCAUGAGUGCACUGAAUGUGGGAAAAGAUUCUUGCACAAAUUCAACCUGGUGAACCACAUGAGGACCCAUGUGCGAGAAGAAUCAAGCCGUUGUUCAUUGUGUGGGAAAAAUGCAAAGCGGAAUUCAGGGCAAGGGAGCCAAGAGCGAAAGGCUGGGUGUUGUGAAUGCACAGGCAGUUCAGAACUACAGUACAAUGUGGACCAGACAGCACAAGACACAGGCGAAUCCUUUAACUGACUUGAAUCCUAGGAAGAAAAACAGUAUAGCUGACUUGAAUGUGCAAAGAAGUUUUUAGGAAAUAACUCUAAAUCAGGGAAAUGUUCUGUGCCCUAGAGCAGUGAUGAUGAACCUUUUCAGCACCAAGUGACCAAACCGGAACACGCAUGCAUGCGUGCAGGCUGGAGUACCAGAAACCCAAAGACCAGCUUGCCGGUGCUCAUGCGUGCGCUGGCCAACUGGUGUUCGGAUUUCUGGCACGUGCUUGCACACUGGCCAGCUGAUCUUCGUGCCAGAAACCCGAAGACCAGCUGGCCAGCGCAUGCAUGCCUGUUUUUUUGGCCGUUUUCUGGCACCCGCAAAAACCAGAUUCAGCAGAGGGCUCUGUGUGCCACUUCUUGCACGCAUGCCAUAGGUUCGCCAUCAUGGCCCUAAAGUCUUCUAGAAGCCAGAACCACUUUCUGAUGACAAGGCAGUUACCCUGAAUAUUGAUCAAAGCAAAAAUGCCUUCAAUAGCUUAGUUCGCCUAUUGAAUGUUUUGUUAUUUGUUAAUUUCUAAAAUCAUCCAGGGGAAGGGAAGGGGGAAGAGCAGCAAAGUUGUAACCUUCAGUGAUAAUAGAAAUAUUGUCUUCUUGAUAUCACAGUCAGAAGAAAGUUAGACAAUCACAUAGCCAAAGCUAAUGGAAAUCCAAUCCCACCGCUCACCAGAAAUCAAAAUGUGAUUGACCAUAGAAAGUACACUUUGAUAUAUGAGUAUACUGAAAGCUGUCUGAUCUUUAAAUAGUUUCAAGAUUGGACCCCUUCUUGUAUUCUCAGAAGAGAUGCUCUCAUGUCAGAAUGAAACAUUUCAAAGAUGGAAUGGUUCAACCUCAAAAUGUUUUGCACACUCAUAUACUUAAAUAAACUGAGAUAUUUGAGGCUCUGCAACUGGAUACAGAAUUGCUUUCAUAAAUAAAAAAUUUGCAAAAGUCCUAAACAAUAAAAAAUAAAACAAAUCUUGCUUUCAGGUUGAUUAGUCAUGUUCUUAAGUGCAAAAAUGUCUUUAUUUGCUCAUGCAUAAAAAUCAUAUGGACAUAAGCUUAUCCAGUCAUAUAUUAGCUAAUUAAUGAUAUAUGAGAUUUUUACAAAUCUGGGCAAAUUGCUAGUGUAGACAAAUGUGUAAUGGAAUGUCACCUUAAAGGCCUUCAAUCCAGUGCCUCUUUUGUGGAGAUCUUGAAAACUCUGUAUUUGAAACUGUGAUAAGAGGUGUGGACUGUUCUGUUGAUCUGUCAAUUUUGUGUGUUUUUUUUUAAUAGUGCCUCAAUAAGGGAUGGUAAAAUUCACAAUAUUUGUUGUUCAUUGGAACUUUUUUAU